UCUCUGUCCUCUCUGUAGUCUCAUUCCGUGUCUCUCUCCAUCAGCAGCAGUCUGGAUGCUUGCAGGGACAGAAACAUGGCUGUGAAUCUCGGCAAGAACAGACUGGCCCUGCUGACCGCCUACCAGGACGUCAUUGACGAGACCUCGGACACCGACUGGGCCUUGUACACAUAUGAGGAUGAAAGCAAUGAUUUGACAAUGGCAUCAUCAGGAGGAGGCGGUCUGGCAGAGAUCACACUGACCUUUGACAGUGCCAGGGUGAUGUACGGCUUCUGCAGCCUGAAGGACCCCUCUGCCGCUCUGCCACGAUACAUCCUCAUCAACUGGGUCGGGGACGACGUGCCGGAUGCCAGGAAGUGUGCCUGCGCCAGCCACGUUGCCACCAUCGCAGACUUCUUACAGGGGGUGGAGGUCAUUGUCAACGCCAGCAGUCUGGACGACAUUGACCCGUCAGCCAUCGGGCAGCGGCUGACCAACGGGACUGUGUCAGUUGCGAGUCCGGUCCUGAGCCGCCUGAGAACCCGGGAGGAGGAGCACAAAGAUGUGGGCACAGUGUACGAGAAGACCAAUGCAGAGGUGGAGAUGAAGAAAAUCAAUAGAGAGGAGUUCUGGGAGCAGGCCAAGCGCGAGGAGGAGGUAAGGAAGGAGGAGGAGAAGAGGAAGGCAGCAGAGGAGCGGCAGCGCUUCGAGCAGGAGCGAAUGGAGCUGGAGAGGAAAGAGCAGGAGAGCCGAGAGCAGAGGUACCGCGAGAGAGAGCGGCAGAUUGAGGAGCACAGGAAGAAGAUGCAGGAAGAGGAAGAGGCCAAAGAGAGGUUGCGGAACCAGACCACCAUAACAGCAGAGGUGAGCAUCGAAGACCUUAACCUGGAUAAGAAAGAGUCUGAGGUGGAGGAGGCAAAGGCCAUCAUCGCUCAGCGGUCAGGAAACCCUCGAGAGUUUUUCAAGCAGAAGGAGAGAGCCAUGACCAUCAGCGUCGACACCUCGCCCGUCUCCAUCCACAGGAGCGGCCGUUUGGACAGCCCGUUCUUGAGGCAGCAGCACAGUCCCAGCAGCCCCAGUCCGACUCCCCCACUUCGGGGCGCGUCGCCCCUCCGCACCCCACCACACGCACGGACGCAGCCCGCUGCUGCAGCCGGGGACGAUGACGAUGAAGCAAGCACAGAGCGCAACAUGGCCGCAGUGUCACCCAUUCCUAAAAUAGUCACCACACCCAUCAAAGAGGACUUCUGCCAGGAGGAUGAGGACAGCAGAGAUGAAUGGGAUUCGGUGCCAAAGCAGGAGCAGAAACAACCGGUCCAGGAGUCAGCACCCACCAAACCUGUGCAGAGCGUUGCCCCGCAAGCCCGUGACUCCUCCAGCUUCUCUGUGUGGGACUCCGGGACAGACAGCCUGGUCAACCUGUGGGACAGCAGCUCCGGCGCUCCUUGUGACCCCUCCAAGACCCCCCAGUCCUCCAAUCUGGUGGACCUGAUGGGCGACACCAAUGACCCACCCAGCACCGCCACCACCAGCGGCAAGCCUCAGCCCCUCCUCAGCUUCGAUGAGAUGAUGGAUGGGACCUUCUGUUCCACUGCCGAUGACGACCCCACCAGUCUGGUGGACGUGACGGGCUCUGACCAGAUGACCCUCAGCUACCAGCAUGCACUGCAGCAUGCAUCCGGGGAGAUUCAGGAGCUGGAUGAUGGACAGCUGUUGAUGACCAAUGGGGAGACGCUGCUGAAAGAAGGGACUCAGGCCAGUGAAGGCUAUUUCAGCCAAUCACAGGAGGAAGAAUUUGGCCAAUCAGAGGAUUCCUCGGCUAAACCUGCGCCGGUCUUUUAUAACAAGCCACCAGAGAUUGACAUUACGUGCUGGGACACGGACCCCGUGGUUGACGAUGACGACGACUAACCGGCCAAUCAGACGCCACCACCGGACCAAGAGGAAGUAGGAAGUGCGCUUCAUGAAGAAACAGAUUUUUUUUUUCUAAAAAACAAAAACACAAACAAACAAAAAAAAAAGUAAUAAUAAUAACAACUCUUGCAUCAACUACUUCUGUAUUAUCUUUUAGAGGAAAACAAAACAGUAGCCACCGAAAAAAAAGAGACGGGGUUUGAGUUAUUGUUACAGACGGUUUGAAGGCUCAGUGGGGUUUUUUUCUGUGUGUUUGUUAUUUUAUUUAUUUGUUUUUCUUCUUCUUUUUUUUUUUUUUUUUGCUAUGCAGAUGUAAUAGGCGGGAGCGGGGGGACUUUCGUUUGUGUAAAUGAUUUAUUACACAUUAACGUAGCGCACUGCUGCAUAUUAGAGACAAUGAAGCCCAGUGUGUGGCAGGCAGCCAACACACCUAGUCUGUAGUGCUUUAAUAACACCCUAUAAAACUAAUACAGUGGAUCAUUACAGCUGCCAUGUAUAUCUUCACUCUCUUUCUUUUCUUACCUCUUUUUCACUUCCUUCCUUCUGCCUUCCUAUCCAAAAUAUCCAAAAGUAUUCACCUCUGCAAGUCAGUUAAUCUUGUAUUUAGCCCUCACUUUAAUGGAAAAAGCUGAAGCAUUUUAUUUAUUCUGAUGUAUCUUAAAAUUCUUUCACUAACAGCUGACGGGAUCCUGAAGAAAUCAAAUCUAUUUGGAGACGAGUCAAACUGUGGCUCCGUUUUGAGCUUUUUCGCUCCUUGUGUAUGAUUUUUAAGACUGAAUUCAAGAUUAAAUGGCUUGUAAAUCUGGUUGCUUUUUUCAGUGCACUUUUAUUUCUUCUUCUGCCUCCUUGUGGAUGAACUGCUGCUUCUCAGUCAGCCCUCCCCUCUGGUUCCAUAAAACUCAUCAUUUUUACCCCACUUAUAUAUUUACACAAGCAAAAAAAGCAUCUAAUCUAGAUGAAUAUUCUGUAGAUAUUUUUCCAAGUGUUACCAGUUUUUUAGGAGAGUUCGGCUAAUGAAUAUGAAGCCACCUUUCAGCUUGUGCACACUAGAAGAAAAAAAGAAUCCUUUGUAUGAAUCCUCUGAAAUUUCUCCUAUGAGACUUUUUCACCAGGCCCUUCAUAAUGUGGCCACUUUUGGACAGCAGUGGGCACAGUUCCUGUUCAGAGUCGGGAAGGUUUGGGAGGCAGAACGUCCUGCCUUUUCUUAUUUUAAAAAUUUUCAUUUUAAUGUUUAAUUUCCGGCACUUAGGCCUUACUGUCCCACUCAGACAGAAGCUGAGUUAAAUCCUGGAUGAAAGAGGGAGGGUGGGAUAAAACAGCUGGAAGUAAACUUGGGCCACACGAUAUUUGCAAAUAUUAUUUUUUCAACUUUGUUGUAAUCUGCAUGGAGAACCAGAUGUUCGUGAGUUAUGACAUCACUAUUUGACAUUGACAUUGACAAGAACAACAAUUACAGCAAUCAAUAACUAUUUAAUUCUACACAUGGUAAGUGUCUGAAUCGUUCUUCUACCAAGGGACUAAAAGUUAGCAUAUUCAGCCUCUUGUGCAUCGACUUAAACCAUUUUCAAAAUGUUCCAGUUUUACAGAAGUGCAAUACAAUAUCACCAAAACAUCCCUUCAAGGUUUCUGUAAAAUUUCAGCCACUGUAUGUAGGGCUGCCACCAUCACAGGGUUUACCUUUCUAUAUUUUGUUUUAUAGGGUAACCAGACCUAAAGAGGCACUUUGAAAUUAUUUGUAAAUUCUGCAGAGUGACAAUCUGUUCUGGAGAAAUGAAGAGAUGCAGAGAUUGGGAGGGCAGAGAAGACCGAGCUGAUGAGCAGAAACUGAAGUCUUAUUAGUUGACAAAUUUGGGAACUUUGGAAUUAGUCUGUGAAUAACAGACAACAGGUGUUCAGCCAACUAACUAAGGUUAUGAUUUUGUAACACGAGUUACAGAGCCAUCUACUGGACUCUCCGCCAAUGAGCAUGCAUUAGCCCAAUGAAAUUUGCAUCAGCACAGCUGGCCAAUAAUGACAUGCCUUCCAGAAUAUGCACGGAGCCCACAGUAUAUAUAAGAGUAUAUAUACAUCUUCUUCAGCAAGUGGCGUAGGAGCAACAGGGCCCCUAGGUAGAGGGCACCACCUGUGCUAAUAGAACUAGGGUUACAAUAUUGUAACCUUCGUUCUAUCUCACACAGUCUCUGCCCUCUUCUGGACUCUUUGGGUACAGUGGGUAGAGCCUGAUGAAUGAAUGAAUGCCCUGUUGCAGCAUAGCAUGGACCUAGCCACAAUGAUUCUGACCGGCUAAAGAGAAAAGGAUGCUGGAACUGUCAUACGGCUCCUAGACAUGCUGUUGGCUCCACCAUACUCAGGUAGACAUGUCCUGAUUGGCCAGCUAGGUUAUUCAAAUAUCAGUGGGCAAAUGUGUGCUCAUGAUUGGAGAGAAUUACUCAUAAAGUCCAGUAGAGAGCAGACCCUGUGUGAGAUGGAAAUGCAUUUAAAAAUCCACAUACGUAACUUUAAUAUUAGCCAAUGAUUAGCUGUUCGCCGCGUGACAUACAAUAAAUACCAGAGCAUUUCCAGUGUUUGUGUGAAAAUAUUAAACCUUCCUGGCAUCUGUUACUCCAAGCAGCUUAAAACAAACACUAAAAGUGAUUCUUAAAUCCUGUCUGACCCACGUCUGCUGCCCGACUGCUUUUGUUCUGUGCCAAUGCAAAAAAUACCACAUGUAUUUUUUUCCAUUUUUUUUUAAAGUAUAUUUUAUUGAUAUGUUUAGUUACCCUGGAAACUGGAGUGAGAAGUGGGGCGGGCCGGGACGGGAGGUGUGUGUGUUUUUAAUACCUGUCAAAAAGUGUGCUAGAAUUGAUUUUCAGGACCUUUUUGAAUAUUAGCAACAACAGUGUUAGUCUUUUUUUGCUGUAAAUUCCUGUAGAAAAUAAAAACUCCUAGGCAAUAAUAA